AUGGCUUCCAUUAUUCGCUCCGCCUGCCGAUCGGCCGCGCCCAUCUCUCGCAGCGCCGCCUCAAACCAAGUGCUUCGCAAGCAAUUGCCCACCCUUGCAUCCCAGCUGCGUUUGUAUGCUACCGCCAAGCCAGCUGCCUCCGAGGUCUCUUCCAUCCUCGAGGAGCGCAUCGGUGGCUCCAGCGCCGCUGCUGAUGUCCAGGAGACCGGUCGCGUGUUGACGAUCGGAGAUGGUAUCGCCCGUGUUUACGGUCUCCGAAACGUUCAAGCCGAGGAGAUGGUGGAAUUCUCAUCUGGAGUUCGCGGCAUGUGUUUGAACUUGGAAGCCGACAACGUCGGUGUGACCAUCUUCGGUAGUGAUCGACUCAUCAAGGAGGGUGACACCGUCAAGCGAACCGGUCAGAUUGUCGAUGUCCCAGUCGGCCCUGAACUCUUGGGCCGUGUCGUCGAUGCGCUCGGUAACCCAAUCGAUGGCAAAGGACCGAUCGCUUGCAAGGAGCGUCGCCGAGCUUCCUUGAAGGCUCCCGGUGUCUUGCCCCGUCGAUCCGUCAACCAGCCUAUGAUGACCGGUAUCAAGUCCAUCGACGCAAUGGUACCCAUCGGUCGUGGUCAGCGUGAACUGAUUAUCGGUGAUCGACAAACCGGCAAAACCGCCGUCGCCUUGGACACCAUCCUCAACCAGAAACGAUGGAACGACGGUACCGAUGAGACCCAAAAGCUUUACUGUGUCUACGUCGCCGUUGGUCAAAAGAGAUCCACCGUUGCCCAGAUGGUCCAGACCUUGGAAGAAAACGAUGCCCUGAAAUACUCGAUCAUCGUCGCCGCCACUGCCUCCGAGGCAGCUCCUCUUCAAUACCUGGCCCCCUUCUCUGGCUGUGCCAUGGGUGAAUGGUUCCGUGACAACGGCAAGCACGCCUUGAUCAUCUACGAUGACUUGUCCAAGCAGGCUGUGGCCUAUCGUCAGAUGUCCUUGCUCCUCCGUCGUCCUCCCGGUCGUGAGGCUUACCCUGGAGACGUCUUCUACCUCCACUCGCGUCUAUUGGAACGAGCUGCCAAGAUGAACGACAAAUUGGGUGGUGGUUCUUUGACUGCCCUCCCGAUCAUCGAGACCCAGGGUGGAGAUGUAUCCGCCUACAUUCCUACCAACGUCAUCUCCAUCACGGAUGGACAAAUCUUCUUGGAAGCCGAGUUGUUCUUCAAAGGUGUCCGACCCGCUAUCAACGUCGGUUUGUCCGUCUCUCGUGUCGGAUCUGCUGCCCAGACCAAAAUCAUGAAGAGUGUCUCCGGGUCGCUCAAAUUAUAUCUCGCCCAAUACCGUGAUGUCGCUGCAUUUGCCCAAUUCGGUUCCGAUCUUGACGCGUCGACCCGUUACUUGCUCAGUCGUGGUGCCCGUCUUACCGAGCUCCUGAAGCAAGGCCAAUACCAACCUUUGGCUUUCGAAGUCCAGGUGCCAAUCCUCUACGCUGGUGUCAACGGUAUGCUUGACAAAGUUCCUGUUGAGAAGAUUGUCAGCUGGGAUCUAGCUUUCCGUGACCAUCUGAAGAACGACCAAGCCGCUCUUCUCAAAGACAUCACUGGUGGAAAGAUGACCCCCGAAAUCGAGAGCAAGAUCAAGACCGUUGUCAAGGAAUUCACCUCCAACUUCUUGCAAUGA